CUAUCCCGCUCCUCCCACCCCGGUGGUCACAUGGGGGCGCCGCAGGAUUUAAGCUUGAUCUGCCUGGUGCUCACCACAGCAGCCUGGCUGUGGCGCCUGCUGACUGAGCUAGUCUUGGGGUCCUGGAGAAGGGGACUGGAGGGGUGCCCACAGCCUUCCCUCCAUGAGCUUGGGGCUGGCGGGGGCACAGGAGGUCGAGCUGACACUAGAGACGGUUAUCCAGACACUGGAGAGCAGCGUCCUGUGCCAGGAGAAGGGCUUGGGCAGGUGGGAACUGGCCCAGGACGCUCAGACCACCAGCCUGCCUGCCUGCAUCAGGGAAAUUGUCACCCGCAACCUCUCCCGGCCUGAGAGCCCAGCCCCACUGCCAGCCACGGAGAUGGCAUCGCUGCUGUCACUGCAGGAGGAGAACCAGCUGCUGCAGCAGGAGCUGUUCCGCGUGGAGGACCUGCUGGCCCAGAGCCGUGCCGAGCGCGAUGAACUCGCCAUUAAGUACAAAGCGGUCAGCGAGAGGCUGGAGCAGACUCUGCGGCUGGAGUCUGGGGAGCUGGAGAUGCAGGAGCCCAGGAGGCUGGUACGGCAGACUGUGGAGUUGCGGAGGCAGCUGCAGGAGGAGCAGGCCUCCUACCGACGCAAGCUGCAGGCCUACCAGGAGGGCCAGCAGCGGCAGGCCCAGCUUGUUCAGCGGCUGCAGGGCAAGAUUCUCCAGUACAAGAAGAGGUGCUCGGAGCUGGAGCAGCAGCUGCUGGAGAGAUCUGGAGAGCUGGAGCAGCAGCGACUGAGGGACACAGAACACAGCCAAGACCUGGAGAGCGCCCUCAUUCGGCUGGAGGAGGAGCAGCAGAGGAGUGCCAGUCUGGCCCAGGUGAAUGCCAUGCUCUGAGAACAGCUUGACCAGGCAGGCUCAGCCAACCAGGCUCUGAGUGAGGACAUACGAAAGGUGACCAGCGACUGGGCACGCAGCCGCAAGGAGCUGGAGCAGCGGGAGGCAGCAUGGAGGCGUGAGGAGGAGUCUUUCAACGCCUACUUCAGCAACGAGCACAGUCGCCUGCUCCUCCUCUGGAGGCAGGUAGUGGGGUUCCGGCGGCUGGUCAGAGAGGUGAAGAUGUUCACUGAGAGGGACCUGCUGCACCUGGGAGGGGAGCUGGCCCAGACAUCACGAGCUGUCCAGGAGGCAGGCCUGGGACUGAGCACGGGCCUGCGGCUGGCAGAAAGCCAGACCGAGGCAGCCCUGGAGAAGCAGGCCCUGCUGCAGGCCCAGCUGGAGGAGCAGCUGCAGGACAAGGUGCUCUGCGAGAAGGACCUGGCCCAGCAGCAGAUGCAAAGCGACCUGGACAAGGCUGACCUCAGUGCCAGAGUGACAGAGCUGGGCCUGGCAGUGGAGCAUCUUCAGAAGCAGAAUCUGGAGAAGGAUCAGGUCAACAAGGACCUCACCGAGAAGCUUGAGGCCCUGCAGCCCUGUAGCAUAAUCGUCAUGACACAGAUGGGGAAACUGAGGCCCAAGAGGGGAAAUGCUUGUCCAGUCUCAGAGCAAGUCAUCCUGUGCUUUGUUGAGAGCGGCGUCCAGCUGAGCGUCUCCAAGUGUCUCCGAGCCAAGAGCCUGCGGGGGCUUUCGGGCCAGUGGACCCCGUCCCCACCGCCCACCGCGGCGCUCCUAGCCAGGCCGAGGUCGUUCGCCCCGCCGAGGCCCCUCUCCCCGGCCUGCUCAGACUCCUCCAAGCUCGCCCUAAUCCACUCCGCCCUGCACAAGUGCCAGCUGCAGGUCCAGGCCCAGGAGGACGCCCAGCGCGAGGUGCAGCGGCUGCGGAGUGCCAACGAGCUCCUGAGCAGGAAGAAGAGCAACCUGUCCCACAGCCUGCAGGUGGCCCAGCAGCAGGCCGAGGAGCUGUGGCAGGAGUAGGAGAAGCUGCAGGCUGCCCAGGAGGAACUGCGGCGCCAGUGGGACCGGCUGGAGGAAGAGCAGGAGGACGCGGUGCAGGAUGGUGUGCGGGUGCCGCCGGAGCUUGAGCGCAGCCAUAGACAACUAGAGCAGCUGGAAGGGAAGCGCUCAGUCCUGGCCAAGGAGCUGGUGGAGGUGAGGGAGGCGCUGAGCCACGCCACGCUGCAGAGGGACAUGCUGCAGGCCGAGAAGGCCGAGGUGGCCGAGGCACUGACCAAGGCUGAGGCUGGCUGCAUGGAGCUCGAGCUCUCCAUGACCAAGCUGAGAGAGGAGGCCUCUCUGCAGGACUCCCCGUCCAAGCUGAGCGCCCUCAACGAGAGCCUUGCUCAGGACAAGCUGGAUCUGAACCGCCUUGUCGCCCAGGUACGCUGUGCACCUGCAGGCCCACCUGCCUUGCCCAGUGUCAGUGAGGCACCCCGGGCCCAGCCCUGUACCUGUCUUGACCCGUGCCUCCCUUUCUGUCUCUGGUUCUCUGUCUGUCUCCGUCUGUCUGUCUAUCCUCUCUCGGUGUCAGAGCACAGAAGCUCCAUGGGCCCUCAUCUCCCCUUCCCCAGUGUCCCACACACCCAAAGGCACUGCCCUUCAUUCCCUGGGAGCCUCCCCUGGGAUAUUGUGGCUGGUGGGUGGGUGGAUGAGGCCUCCUGGUCCUGGGAGGAAUGCCCUGCUUAUGAGGCCCCAUUUGUACCCGGCCCACAGCUGGAGGACGACAAAGCCGCCCUGCAGGGUGGGCUACAGAGCAGCAGGCACACUGCUGGUGGGGGAGGCACGUCUGUGCAGAGGUCCACUGUGGUCUUCAGCCCAGAGCACAGACAUCCCAACCAGGGCUACAGCGUGAGCACUCGAGUUUGGGGCCCAGAUGGUGGGCUGGCCUGA